AUGAAGCUAGGGUUCGAUCCCAUCCAGUCUUGCAGUAGCACUUUACACUUUGCAAGUGUGAAGCGCAUACCGAACCGUGAGGCAGAAUUAUUUAGAUCAUUUAAUAUUGUUUGCAUUGCCACGGGCUCAGAUCCAAAAAGAGCUAUGUCAUCUGCGUACUCUAUAUCUGUGAGCGAACGCCCAGGAAGCACUUCGACCCCACAGGCACUAGAGGGGGGAGAGGGUCGGGAGUGUCAGCGUGUUCCCAGCCACGGCAUCCGAACCUGGGGUCCUAACCAGUCUUCGAUUCAAAAGCUUGAUAAGAAGACAGCUACCAAACUCGCUGCAAUCAAUAACCUGAAGGACCAGAAAAUUGAGACUUCAGUGAGAAAGACUGUGGAUACUAUGUGGAUGUUCUUCAUCACAGUUCAAUCGACUGCCGAAGUCGCUGGUGACGACUGGCUGGACAUGACUGAAAACCGAAGGGUGGAGCGGCCACAGGCCAUUGUUGCAUCAUGCUAUUGUUUGGAUCCUUUGUCAGGUGGAGACUCAGUAUCUGUCCGACAGCAGAGCUGCCCCGACACGCAAACGGUUCUGGCAUACUAG